GGUGUUCGACGGGGGCGCGUGACGUCAACAGGCGUCAUGCUGGGAUUGGAAUGCUACAAUGUAACAAUCGCAACUGGACGCUUCAGAUUAAAGCGCUGGAAUGUAGCGUUGUGUCGGCGUCGCAAACGCGCUGUGAAUGUAGCGAGGAAUAGAAAAACGUGUCGGUUUGUAAUGUUUUUACGAGGGGUUACAAAACAACGGCACGACUGUAAAGACAACCAGCCUUUGGAGGAUUUGUCAGAGGAAAAUAUGUGAGAAUACACGGAUCUGUGGGGAUUUAUCCGCUCGGGAAGUUUGUGACAGGGUCUUUCUGACUCACGCGCAUCACAUGAGAUCCAGCUCUUGGACAUUUCUCUGACCGCUUCUGCCGUUUGUGAUUUCUCCAAGCUGGAUUUGAAGAAGUCUUCUCUGAAAGUACUUUCUGGUGGUUUUCAUUGAUCCAGGACAGUCCCGAUGGCCAGCAGGCUUCGGGUGUCAUCUGUCAGGAGUUUAGAUGCUGUCUAAUGUGAACCAGGCACCGGAGAGGAGAGAGCUAGAUCCAUAAAAAGGGUUUAAGGUUAAGUCGCCCACAUGCUCUGGAUUUGGGAUUGGAAUCACACGGUGGAAGUUGAGAGCAUCAAAUCCCUGCAGGUCUGUGGAAGAUGCUGUCCUGCAGGAGUUGAGACCUUUGCAUUCAUCAGCAACCAGCUCCAUCUGGAUCUAAGGACACAUGCAGGCCAAAAAACGCUAUUUAAUUCUGUUCUCUGCAGGUGUGAGCCUCAUUCUCCUCUUUUACCUGCAGGGACCAGCUUCCAAAAGGACUCCAAACCGAGGGGAUGACCCCCAUCCACACUGGCCCCACUUCUCAGACCCCUUACGUGCUUUUAUUCCGUGGGAUCAGACCGAAACGGAGGACUACAAUGUCCGCGUUUCUCCGAGACACAAAAGAGAUGACAACUCCGGAGCUUCCAAGUGCAGAAUGGACUCCUGCUUUGACUUCUCCUUGUGCAGGAGGAACGGCUUCAAAGUCUACGUCUACCCUCAACAGAAAGGUGAGAAGAUCUCAGAAAGCUACCAAAACAUCUUAUCCUCCAUCGAGGGCUCCAGAUUCUACACGACUGACCCGGGACAGGCUUGUCUCUUUGUUUUGAACCUUGACACCCUGGACCGAGACCAGCUGUCUCCUCAGUACGUCCACAACCUCAAAACUAAGAUCCAGAACCUGAACCUGUGGAAUAACGGGAGGAACCACCUGAUCUUUAACCUGUACUCAGGCACAUGGCCAGAUUACACGGAGGAUUUGGGGUUUGAUAUCGGACAAGCCAUGUUGGCCAAAGCCAGCAUCAGCACAGAGAACUUCAGACCCAAUUUUGACAUCUCCAUCCCCUUGUUCUCCAAAGAUCACCCCCGGACUGGAGGAGAAAGGGGGUAUUUAAAAUACAACACCAUCCCUCCCUUUAGGAAAUAUGUGCUGGUUUUUAAAGGCAAGCGCUAUCUGACUGGGAUUGGAUCUGAUACCAGGAAUGCGCUUUAUCACAUCCAUAAUGCUGAAGACGUGGUUCUCCUCACCACGUGCAAACAUGGCAAAGACUGGCAGAAACAUAAAGAUGCUCGCUGCGACAAGGACAAUGCUGAAUAUGACAGGUAUAACUAUAAAGAAAUGCUACAUAACUCCACUUUUUGUCUCGUGCCUCGAGGACGCCGCCUGGGCUCUUUCCGUUUCCUGGAGGCUCUGCAGGCCGCUUGUGUUCCCGUCAUGCUCAGUAACGGUUGGGAGCUUCCCUUCUCAGAGAUCAUCGACUGGCACACGGCCGCCGUCAUUGGGGACGAGAGACUUCUUCUACAGAUUCCAUCGACGGUUCGCUCCAUCCAUCAAGACCGCAUUCUGUCUCUCCGCCAGCAGACGCAGUUCUUGUGGGAAGCCUAUUUCUCUUCUGUGGAGAAAAUUGUGCUAACUACAUUGGAGAUCAUCCAGGACCGUGUGCUGCAGCACAACGCCCGCAGCACUUUGAUGUGGAACCGGUUGCCUGGAGGACUUUUCACUUUGCCACAAUACUCAUCCUACCUGGGCGAUUUUCCCUUCUUCUACGCCGUACUCGGUGUUAAACCACAACAGAAGUUCACAGCCGUGAUUCACGCUGUCACGCCUCUCGUAUCUCAGUCUCAGCCGAUCUUCAAGUUGCUAGUGGCUGUGGCCAAAUCACAGUACUGUGCCCAGAUCAUUGUCCUGUGGAACUGUGACAAGCCUCUCCCUGCGAAGCACCGCUGGCCCGCCACCUCUGUUCCAGUCAUUGUAAUCGAGGGCGAGAGCAAGGUGAUGAGCAGCCGAUUCCUGCCCUAUGACAACAUCAGAACUGAUGCAAUCUUGAGUCUGGAUGAAGACACUGUGCUCUCGACUACAGAGGUGGAUUUUGCCUUUACAGUUUGGCAAAGUUUCCCAGAGAGGAUCGUGGGAUACCCCGCACGGAGCCAUUUCUGGGACUCUAACAAGGAGCGCUGGGGCUACACCUCCAAGUGGACCAAUGACUACUCCAUGGUGCUGACUGGAGCUGCUUUCUACCACAGGUAUUACAACUACUUGUACACACAAUACCUGCCCAGCAGCUUAAAGAGUAUGGUUGACCAGCUCUCAAACUGUGAAGACAUCCUCAUGAACUUCCUGGUGUCAGCGGUCACUAAGAUGCCUCCUAUCAAGGUCACUCAAAAGAAGCAGUACAAGGAGACGAUGAUGGGACAGACAUCCCGGGCAUCACGCUGGGCAGAUCCUGACCACUUUGCCCAGCGGCAGACGUGCAUGAACAAAUUUGCCAGCUGGUUUGGCAACAUGCCCCUGGUCCAUUCGCAGAUGAGACUGGAUCCCGUUCUGUUCAAGGACCAGGUAUCGAUACUGCGCAAAAAGUACAGAGACAUCGAGAGACUCUGACGAAGCUGAGAAACCCUUUCCCUCUUUGUGGGGAUAGGAAACGGCAUUGGAAACCCCCCCCAGAACCCUAAAAAAUCAGAUCAACAGGGAUAAAAAUGGGGGUACGGCAACCCUCAGGGAGGGAGCGCAUCGAGAUUGGGGGAAGUGUUGUGCUGCAAGAAGAUCCGUCUGUUAGAGAUCGUCACUAACUAUAAAAAUAUGAAAGCAAGACGAUCGAUGCAAGGCGACGUUGACAUUAUAUGGCUUAGUUUAGCACAACACAAAGACAUGCCAAUAUUGGCAGCUUUCUGUCUUCCACACCCCCUCUUGUAAUGUUUUGCCAAGAACAACGGUGACCAUGGCAAAUUCGCCAAUGCCAGGCAGCCACACACACAUCCACAUGCAGUCAGAUUAUAGACUACCGCACACCAGUUUAACUUCUGGAUCAGACCUCUCCAUGUUAGAUGUGUGAUACGCCUGGCUGGACGGGUCGCCCGCAGUCCAGCCGUGCAUAUUUAUUCAGUCCACCUUCGGCAAGCGUUACGCCCCUCUUGAAGACGCAGGACGACGUUCCGAGGAGAAGUCGGGCGUGUGAAACACCGCACACAACGUCACAGUGCCUGAGCUUUCAGAUGGACCGUAUCUGGGAGUCCAAAAGGGUUUUGUGUGAAUGCAAAAACACCUUGUUCAUGCUGCUUAUAUUUGGACUCAAAUGUAGGUGUUCCACAAAUUGCCCCAAAGUUGAUUUUUUUUUUUUCUUUCUCUACAAGCCUUUUGGUGUAUUUUGUCAAACGGACAUAAUUUUAGUAUUUUUUGGAUGAAAUAGACCCAAUGCACAUACAUCUUGUUUUUUGUCUGGUUUUCUUACGAGUCUUACUAGUGUAACGCCAUAUCAGAGGCCACAUUCACACUGCAUUAAUUCAGAUCUCACUCCACUUCUGACUUAUCCUAAUCUUAUUUAUUUAUUUUUUUUGAAGUGACACAUUUAAUGACAACCACUUUUACACUUCAAUUACAAUUCUCUUUUGUUGUCAGUUUUGACAAGCCAGCCAGAGUUUUUGUGGCUAUUACGUAGGUUUUCCAUAAAUUGGCUCAGAUUUUUAUUUUUCUUUCUUUCUAUACAAGCCUUUUGGUGUAUUUUGACAAAUUGACAUCAUUUUAGUAUUUUUUAAUGAUUUAGACACAAUGUUGCAAACAUCUCAUUUUCUGAGUCUUACGAGUGUAAUGCCAAAUCACGUUAUGAAUUAGGCCACGUUCACACUUCAGCUAAUUCAGAUGUCACUCCGCUUCUUACUGCUUCAUCUUGGUCUGAACUUGUUUAUUUGGAAAUAAUAAUAAAGUUCACAUAGUGACAACCACAUUUACAAAUCAAUUUAAUAAUAACAAAUAGUUCAUGCAGACAUCACUUGUCUAAUGACAAACAUGGAGGAACUUAAAACAGGUGGUUUACUAACGUUUUUGAAUUCUAGCACAUCUUUGUUCACUAAUAUUUCUUUCUUUAAAUGGAUGUUCCAAUCCAUUUAUUUUAAUCUAUUUUUUUAAGGGUCAAUAAAUGGUUAAAUUUCAGAAAACUAGAUUCAAUAAUCCCUAUGUUGUUUCAGUGUGUAUGUAUUUCAAGAAUCAUUCACUCAACGGCUCAAGGAUAUGUAGUUGUAAAGAGAUAUUUACCACUGGUUACUCUCGCAAAUCAAUGAAAUGUCUGAAAAAGCGUGAUUACAUGAGGACGUCGUUCAUACAGAGCUUCACGUUUAGUUUUGAGAACGUCCUCCAUUGAUUUUCUGUUAAGAAAGAACUAUCCACUCAUUAUCACUCCUAUUUUUCUAGGAUUGGGAUGGAUAGAGCUGGCUAUCCCAGUGGAGACUGAUUCAAAUGUACUUUUGUCCAAAAUCCAUCUUUAGUCAGGGCAGAUGCCAUAUUUAAUAUUGCAUGAAUCAAAACACUGCUGUGAAGGACAGAUGUACAGUUUCAGUGGGUUGCACUGUUUUGUUGUCAAGAAAAAUACAUAUUUGCAAAACAAAUGACGUGAUAUAGCACCUUAAACAAUCUACCUUAUUCAACCAACUGUAAAUUAAAUGUGGCAUCUACACUGACUUAAGGUUUAAAGUCCCUACAAUUACAAAAACAAACACUUUUGUAAGAGCAAGGAGUAAUGUGACAAUACACAACAAAAUGUGUCCCAAAUCAUUUAUGAUGAGGAAAAACCUAUUUACAGUAGGAGUGUUGACUUGUUUGGCAUUAAUGUAGAAUUGAACUGAUGUGCAUGAAUUGGGCCGAAACUGUGGCAAGCAUCUCUCCAAAUAAGAUAUCGGUAUUAUGAGGUUCUAGUCACAUAUAUCAGGAUUCAGUCAGGCUUUUCUCUCUUUUUUGUCUCAAAUGAAUGUGCCUCUUCCCAAGACACUUCUGCAUUAUUUUGUUAGCCUUCAGAACCACAAUCUCCUCUUUAGAGUUGAUCAUACAUAUCUUCACUCUGUUCCUGUUGACUUGGUUUAGUUUUCUUUGUCAAACACUGGAGUUUUUCUGAUGGUUCAGUACUGACAUCCCUGCCUGUUUUGUAGGAAACAUCCCAGUCGCUCUUUCACUCAGCCUCAUGUUUGUACUUGUAUUUAGCACCCAUGAGGAUUCAUGUAUUUCAGUUUUGAUUAUUUCAUCCUUGAACCCUGUAAAGACUUUAUUUUACAUCAUUACUAACAAUAAAAUGAAAGUUUUUUUUUAAGAUAUAAAAGUGAUUUUCUAAAAAAGAAAUAAAUAAUAUUUGAUACA